CUCAGUGUUCAGUGUGUUCACGCAUGUUCAUUGGACCAUAUUGUAAAUUGUUCUGUGAUAUUACUAUCAUGAUUUGAGUUUUGUUUACUAUACAAUCAUUAUUCUAAUAUUUGCCAUAAGCUACUCUUGUUCUUUAUUAUCAUUAAUCAAUAGUCAUUAUUAUUCAAUCAAUCUGAAUGUUCAAUGGUUAGACUGUUAGAGUAGUUCCUAGAUAGAUUCGUAGUUCAUCUUCAUUAUUCAUAUCAUAUUAUUGUCAUAUUUCGGCGAUGACUCUAAUCUGUACUCGAGUCUCGAAUAUUAUAAUAAAAACAGUAUCGGAAUUUAUAAUAAUUAUAACUCUAAAUUAAUAUACAUUACAGACUACAGUAUUUAGACGACAAAUUACUUCUUAUCAACCUGUUUUACAUAACUCAUUUUUUAUGUUUAGAUUGGAAAUCAAAUGGUAUUAAAAUAAAAAUUAAUAACGUUUAAUAUAAAUCAAAAUGGAUAGCUUUCAUUUGCCCUGCAACAAAAUAAAAGAUGAGUAUCAAAAAUGUUUCAGUUCUUGGUUCACUGAAUGUUAUAUGAAAGGUGAUUAUGAUGAUAAAAGGUGUGCCAAAAAAUUUGAAGAAUAUCAAAAGUGCCUUCGAGAAGGUAUGCAAUUACAUGCUUUGGAUAUUGAAGAUGUAUUAAAACCUUACUUGGGAACAGAACGCAUGAAGAAGUAAAGUUAUAGUAAAUCUUUUUCUUUAUAUUAGUUACUACCUAGUUAAAAAUUAAAUGUUAUCCUUAAUUAACAAGUUCUGUUAACUUUUAGCUGUUGAGUAAUUUUAUUUUAUUAGAGUAUUUUAGUUCUAUAUUUGUAUUACCUUAAGGUCGAAAUUUUUCAAUUUAUUUAGGUAUUAUAAAUAAUAGAUCACUAAUAUAAUAAACUUAGUUAUUUAAUUUGUAUUCGUUAUACUUCCACUGGCUAUAAUACCACAAAAUGUGUUCUUAGUGAUGACAAGUGUUGUUAUUAAUUUUUUUUUAAUUCCAUUUGUAAAUAUUUGUUAUUAUAUUUUAACUAAAAUUUAAUUUAUAUUUUGGUUAUUUAAAAAAGGGAUAAGUAAUUUCUAAUUUGUUAAUUUACCAAAAACCUCGUAAAUCUGGACCCUUUUAAAAACUUAAAAUUUGAUUUUUAUAUAUUGAAUUUAUUUGAUUGUAAAAUAAAUCUAGUAUAAUAUUAUUGCAAAUUAUAUGAAAUUGUUUUGAAUUUAUUUUAGAUUUAACUAUCUAUAAAUUAUAAUGGUAGGUACAAUUAUAUGUUUUUUCAUUUAGUAAUAAACACUAAUAAAUUAUGGUACACA